UGCGUACAGAACAAAUUGAUCUGCACCCUGUUCUGACUGUGGUGUAACAUUAGGGAACAUCGUACGCAUCGUUUAAUUUGUCCAUUCAGUUUCAAAGCGGAUGCUGUAACAGGUUAUAGAGCCCGGAAAAAAGUAUUGUAUUGCUUAAAUAUUUUAAUUUUUGAACUUGAUCGGCUGAAGUAUAAAAAACUGGUUUUUUUCCACGCAGCUGAGAAAACUAUCCAAGAGCCAACACAAGGUAGCACUUCACUCUAUUUGCUUUAGAAGACCUUUAUGAAGCAAAGAAAUCGGUAAGUCACCACUCCUAGUUGGUACUAUUGUAAUUGAGGGCUGAUCAUGAUAUUUUUCAUUGUUUGAAGAGCAUCUAUGGAUUAUCUGAUUCAGUUGUAACUCGACAUUCUAUAAUGACGGUUUCUUUAAUUAAUGGCCACAGAAGCCAAAAAGCCGGAAGAACUUUUACUUAUAGUCUGUCUUUAAAAAGAGUUAAUUACAAAACAAUUUACACUUUGCUAUAAAGCUCAAUUCUUUCUGUUAGUUCAAAGAAAAAUAAAGUUUAUACAGUGAAAAAUUUAGAUAAGUAACCCUAUAAUCAUCGCCAUGCCAAUGGAUUUGAAAGGCUUUUGGUAAUACUGAAUUCGGAAAAUGGGUGAUCUGUCGCUGGGUUUCAAUGUUUCAAUGUUGUGUGUGUGGACACGAGACAAGCAUGAUACUCAAGUUUUGUUGCACUUUGACAUGAGUCUUUGAUCUUUGCAAUUCUUGCAUUGACUAAAAUCCUUGAGGGGAAAGCCAAAAUGUUUUUCUCAAACAUCAAAGAAAUCACUCUGGAUAUGUUUUUUGGCAUACCUCAUUACACUGAGAACUUAUAGAAAAUCACUGUCCGCUAUGAAAGUGUUGUAAAUAGAAGGAAGCUAACUACUGUAACAUUAGUACCAAAAUGGCUUAGGCAUAAGCAAAGUUAUAGUUCUAAGCUAGUACAUGAGUGGUCAAUUUAAUUUGUAAACCCCUCAAAUAGUUGUUUUCCAACGCAUAGAGUCAUAAGUACAUUCUUAGGGUGAUAUGACCCAGCAACUCUGAUAAUAGGACUGCAAUGCAAUUCUUUGGUCACUUCUUUGCUGAUUGAUUCCAAGGUAAAAGUUGAAAAUUACUAGGUAUGCUUUGUUGCCAGCACAAAGUUUAAAGUGUUCCUCCUUUAUGUUGUCCAUUUAUGUUGCUUUUAAAAACCUGGAUUUCCUCUUUUUUCAGGGAUUACUAAGAUUAAGGAAAUGGCAACAACUGUCUUUCUGAGGCCACUCCCUAAACCUGACUUCGCAUUCAGAUGCCAGGUUUGAUCCUUAUAAUUUUAAUUAUCCUUUUAAUUAUCACCAUUAAACCUAUUAUCAGUGUUAUUAUUGUUACUGUUCUUGAUAUUAUUAUAUCUCUCCUCAUGAAUUAACUGCUCUAUAACAAGGAUUUAAAGCAUCUGGUUUAUUAUCUGUUAUAUUAUUCUCUGGUGAGUAAACUGUGGUUGACUCAAGAUAAAGUAAAGUACUUUGUGCUGGUACAAUCACAUGAUUCCAAUUGGAGUGUGAUAUAAAUAUAUCCAUGGUAUUUUCUAAAAUUUAUCAGUUCUCAUAAAUUUAUUCCAAAUAGCACAGGAAAACUCAUGGGAUUACUUACUAAAUAAUAUACAGUAAUAAUCACUGAGUCACCUCAUAAAGUCACAUAGAGGCAAAGCUCUCAAAUCAUAAUAAUAAUAAUACAAGAAUUUAUAUGGCACCCUCUCCAUGAGCUCAAAAUCAUGUGCAAGGCUCAAAAUAAUUUCCAGCUAUUGCUGGUCAAGUUGUUCAGUCAAACCUAUUAUUGCUCAGACACCAAGUUUUGGCCAGAGAAAUGUCUAUUGUGUAAUACCUCAGUAUAUCCUGGGCCCCCCCCCCAGUAUAUUUUUCUGGCAUUUUCCCUCCUCCAUUACUAUUGUGCUGUUUACUAUUUGUUCCAUUUUACCAAUGUUCUGUUCAAGUAAUAUCUGCCUCUCCUUAUAUUUAAGCAGUUCAGAAAGCCACAAAACUUUAGAACAAAAGUUUAUCAACGAACACUUUUCGUCCAGCUAAUUUAUUCUUUUUUUUCUUGUGACCAUGUUCCCACCAAUAGCGUAGCUCCUUUUUCUGCAUAUGAAGACACAUGCAACCCACAAUUCCUUUAUUCACUCUGACGCAGGGCUAAUGCUCCAAAUGUCAGCUUUGAAACUGGUAACAGAGGCCAAUUUAUGUUAUCAACUAAGUUAAUAAUACCAAAUUACCUUCCUAUACUCUCCCAAUGAUGCAGCACCACAGUCUCUUUAGAAACUUACCCCUUUAGACCUACUACACUGAGCUACACCUGCUACACUUACUGCACCAAACUACACCAAACUACAAAAAACUACACCUACUGCACUAAGGUAGACUUAGUUUACUGAAUACUUGAUUUUAUGAUAGAAUAAAUGUUAGUUUUUUUCUUAGGUAGUGUAAAACCUUGCCACAUUUUUUGUGAAAGUAAUCAUGGAUCUCUUAUAAUUAUAAUCUGAUCAAGAUUCAGGGAUUAGGAAGGCCGUGCGCCAUGCGCGGCGUAUGGCUUAUAUAAAGCUCUGAAAUGGCCCAUUAUAAAAAUACUUACUGGGCCUCUGAUGCGCCCUGACCGCACAAAGCUAGUGAAAUAUAAACUAUUUUGUGAAAAGGAUUUUAAUUUGUAAAAGUUUCACUUUGGUGAGACAUAAACAAGCGAAAAACUACGGUGCCUUCGCUCGUUUGAUCAUGCUCACUUCAUUCUUGUUCCCAGAUCCUGAACUCGGACUUUGCAUGCAAACAAGGCUAUUGCUCGGAGUUCCAUGUGCUUUCGUUUUUGAGCAGAGUUCUAGCGUUUUCAUCGCUUUGAAUGUAUUUGCAUCGAUUAGCCUCAUGCCUCCAAAAAAAAUCUCCGAAUGGUUGAUAGCAAUUUAUCAUCACCGUUUUGUUCUGGUGGUCACACGACAUUUCAAAAACCUUGAAUGGUUGGAUGGUUAUUCAUGGCAACGGUUUUUCAUGCCUAAAACCAUGUCUCUGUAUAGGUAUAGACUGUAAUACACAAGCAAUAAACCUUUGUUAAAAUUUUUACUGGCCCAUUUAUUUACCCUAAUGGCCCAAACGUUUUAUAAAUGGCCCAUAACAUUCCAGUGAUAGGGGCCAUAGGCCCAUUUGCCUGUUAAACCUUCCUAAUCCCUGGAGAUUCCUCCAAAAAGAAUUACGUAAGAUUGGAGUAAAUUAGACAUAUUCUUCUCAAAGUUUCUAGGAGCUAAAGAAAUGAAAGGCAUCCUCAAUGGGGCUGAAAUCAUCAGAAUGGAAGCCAUCUCGAUUGGGGCUUUAAAGGAACUAGAGGUAAUACACCCUUGACGUGUUGGAUCCCAAAGCUGUAACAACACUUUAACAUAUUGUUAUACAAGCUAAAUUACUUAAAAUGGUUUCAUAAUUGAUUCUUUGAUGGGUCAGUGUUUCAACACUUUUUUACUCCUAAUCCCUGAAAAAUGGAACAUUGCUCAUCAAUUUUCUCUCAAUAAUUAAUGAUGAUGUGACAGGAACAAUACAGCUUGCAAGAUACAGCCCAAUUUCACAUUUAUGGGCCUGCAACUUUUAAGAAACAAAUGGUAAUGCCAAUUUUUAAUAUUUAAUUGCAAUCAGCAUAUCAAGGUCCAUCUUACUCAAAGUUGCCUUUAACCCUUUAACUCCCAUGAGUGACCAUGAGAGAAUUUCUCCCUACAAUAUCCAUACAAUUUCAAGCAGACAUGUGAUGAGAAUAAAGAGAAAUAUCAAAUAGGGGAUUAUCAGUUGAUCCAGUAACAAAUUCUCAGAACUAAAAUCAUAAGAAUUGUGCAGCAGUCAGUAAGGAGAAUUACUAAUAAGAUCUUGGGAGUGAAAGGGUUAAACUCCCGUCACAUGUUGCUGUUUUGUUAACAUUCAACAAUAAUAUAUAAUUAUUAUUCACAGAAGGUGAAGUGAGUAUUGUUGUAGAAUAUUCACUGAGCAUAAGGCAAAUAAUUGUUUUAGUAUGGUUGCUUGUAGGUGCUUUUGAAAUCUGUUGUAAAUGUUUGUUUUGACAUUGAACCCAUUCUGUUUCAAUUGUUUUGAUUACUCAUGUUAAGAUAAAGAGCCAGUUUCCACUAGGAUUUGAUAAGUUUAUUAAAUUCAAUCAGCAAAAUCUUCAUGCCUUUCUUUUGAAAAGUGUCACUCAAACCUUACUAGCAUCUUUUUGUGCUAUUUGGAAUUGAAUUUGCUUUAUCAUGUUCAUUACUUCUUCUGUAACACUGACUAAACCUGAGGCAGCCAUUUUGAAAUUUAGUGCUCCUGCCAUAAUCACCUCAAACAAGAUAUGAUACAAUCCUCUACCAAUCAGAGGCUGUACAUCUCAAAAAUCACUGGAGAAAUUAUAGUAAUAUUAAUUAUGUUCAGUGUGUGUGAGGCAAAAUCACUGAAUUCAAAACUGCAUUGUAACUGAAGUUUAAACAAUCUGUGAAGUAUGUUCAGAGCCACCUUAAAUACAUUACACUGUUGUAGAAUUAAGGUGGCACUGACUCCACAACACCCCUAUAUUUUGAACUUUGUAAAAACAAUCAAAUUUGAUAUGUUAAUGCAAGGAGCUCACACAUACCUGGGUUUAUGUACUUGUAACAUUUAUGUUUGGGAGCAGAACAUGUGGUUCAUUUAUCACAUGCAUGAAUAUAAAUUUGGGAAGGGCUGCAACUUUUCAUGCAUAAAUCAAUCUGAUUGCUAAAUGUUGCUGUAAAUUGUAAUUCGUCUUUGUAGGCACAAACAAGAGGCUUUUUGUCAGAAUACAUGAAGACACAUUGUAAACUAUGUAUUAAUAAGAAUGGAGAUGUCUGGAUUCAGCAAGAGGGACAUCUUGUAAGAGAACAGAGUUUAGAAUUUGUUUAUCAUAAUAUUGUAUAAAUUUUAUCCAGAGAAUUUAAACCAGUUCUCAAAUCCAACCUCAAUUUUUAAAGUCUAUGUAACUUAUCAGAAUUUGUGCUGCAAACUUGCUUCUUUGAAUUAUCUCUCACAAUGCUCAGAAGAUCAUAGUUAAGAAGACGUCUCUGAAAGAAUCAAACAUCUGGGAAAUGAAAAUUUUCAACCCCCCUUCAAAUUUUGCAUGCAGUUCAGCACUCAGGGGGAUGCACAAGAAUGCCCUUUUAAAGGUUGCAGCACUCUUGUUGCCAUGGUAAUAACUGCUGUUUGUUGAAGGCCGGGGCCUCAUUUUCAUACAAAAACGUCUCAAAAAAAAGAAUGAAAUGUUUAGUCUCUAUCUCAAGCUAAAUACAACAUUACAAAUUGGCACUUCCAGGGUUGUCAAUAAGCGCCGGCGACCGGCGAUAUCGCCGGCUACUUGAACGUUUUCGCCGGCUGCAAAUUGGUCGAGAUAAGCGGGAAAAAAGCGGUCAUUAUCAAAACGCUUUAAAAAAAAAAAAAAAUUAGAAACAAAAAAAACAAAAGAAAAUUGAUUUGUUUCACUCAUAAUUUCAAUGUAUUUGCAAUGCGCGAUUUACAACAGAAGUUUUGGCUCGUUUAGUUUCGUGUGCUGCAUGAUUUGCGAGUGAACAGAUCAGGUUUGUUUACUUUACAUUGUCGCCUUUUGUUUUAAAAUUUGCAUAUGUCUACGCUAUCUAUAUGUACUUUGUCAUUCUGGUAUAAGUUAGCGGUGUCAAUUUUCGAUUGAACUUAUCUGAUUUUCUCAAAUGUAAAUUAAGUUUUGAAAGACGGCAAUUGACCGUAAUUACCCGUAAAGUUUUAAUCUUCACUAGUUCAAGGUGAUGUCCAUUCAUUUACAAAAAAAAUUAACACAACCAAAAAUAUAAAAAAUUGUUGGUCGACCCUAGUUAAUUUGUGAUAAUCGAUGACAGAUUAUAGGAAAUCAGAUUAUUUGAAACAUAAACGUUUAUACUGAAACUAAAGGUUAAUAAAAGUCAAAGCUACUUGAGAAUAAAUUAAUAAAACAAAUGAAUAGUCAUCAACAGUACUGUUCUUUUCAGGAAGUGAAGCUUGUUAGAAUUUCUGUGAGGAAAGGCAAUUUUUGGCAGUGUCAAAACAUCAAAUUCAUUUUGCUUCCGGGGGCUUAGCCCCCUGGACCCCCAACGGGGCUUUCCCCCUGUACCCCGCUGGGGGCCUCGGCGGCCCCCAGACCCCUCGCCUCUGUGGGGACCUUCGGCCCCCAGAGGCAUUUACUUUCCUAAUAUCUCCGCCUACUUGAAUUCUUAUUGACAACCCUGCACUUCUACCAUACAUAGUGACAUCAUUCGUCUUCUCUUUGAUUCAUUCAAUUUUCCCUGGGAGUGAAUGCGAACACACCAAUAGAUUAUUCAUCUCGGUACAGUUUCAGUGAUUUUUGUUGUAGGGUAAAACAGGGAAAACGUUUAUCUGAAUUUCUCCAAAAGUACACCAAUUCUGGAACUGAAACUACCUACCUAGUUGGUUAUAAUAUUCUUGCUUUUAAUUAUACAAAAAUCUUUCCAUAGGGGCAAUUCGCGAACUAACUCAAAUAUCAGAUAUUAAAACAAUUACCAAUUUUGAGUUAGUUCGCGAAUUGCCCUAAUGGAAAAGGAAAGGCCAACCCGCAAAUAUUUGAAGGGGCUGAAAAUGUUCAUUUCCCAAGAUGUUUGAUUCUUACAGAGACUUGUUCUUAAGUUCUCUAUAGAGGUGUCCUCUUGGACAUCUUAGAAAUCAUUUUCUAGAUGUGUUUGAAGUUUUUCUUUGGCUGUAUUUUUGUAGUUUAAAGAGCAAAGGAGUUUCGCCACGGAAAUAUCACUCAUUAUUCAAGACCCAGAUGACAAAACAGUAUUUGGCUAUAUGCACUGUCUACGUUCCUUCUCAGGACCCAAAUUUUGUGCUUUUAAGUCCGAAGAAGUAAGUGAAACCAAAGAGGCCUUGUGAUAGUUUAGCUGAAUUAUAAGGAAUUCAUAUUGCCUGUUUAUUUAUGGACGAGUUUAGACUGGGAAUAUUGUCUUCUUUAAAGAAAAACGAUAUGCAAGACCAGGCUUUGGAACUCAUGGGGGUUCUUUCAUCGGAACCAAUAAAGAUUGCUCAGUUACUUAGGGCUAAGGUAGAAAGAGCUCAGGUUGUCAAAGCAAAUGGAUUUGCUCCAAGGAUUGCAGAAGGGUAGCUUAUAUAGUCUUAGAAUGGAGUCAUGUGUGACAGACAACCACUUGGAAAUAAGUUUGAUUUGAUCCCUUGGCGCGGUUCUGUCUUUACGGUAGCUAGUAUCAAUCUGUUUGGUACUCAGGUUGCGGUAAAAUCGCAAAAAAUCUCCUUUUCACCGUAGUGGUGAAGGUUUUAAACUUUAAGAAAAAAAUGCUGUGAACCGACCAGAAUACCUACAGACACUGUAAUUUCAGAAGUAUAAAGAUAAUUUUUUGUGAUGUCAUUACAUUUGAGCCCCAAAAAGUUAUCUUCCUUUGCCAAAGUUCUACCGAAGGAAAGGUAUUCCAUGUGAUAUCCAAAUCAGACAGAUCUAUUUCAGCAAACGCAUAAACAUUUGAGAAUGAAAGGUUCGUACGUUCUUAGUUACACAUUUCUCUUUGAUGAUUGAGGAUGAUUACAAGGGUAAACUAGUGCAAACGUAUUGGCCAUUUUUGAAAGUGACGUUACUAGCCAAUUUUUUUUGUGCAGUUUUACCCCUCGUCUCAGAGGUAAAUUUUUUUUCUUCAGACAAACACCUUUCAUUUAUAAUACAGAUUACAGCUUCAAGACUCGGAAGUGUAUGUCUUGAUGAGUUGCGAGCUUUUGAUAUAUUGCAUAACGUUUUUGCUCUUCAGGCCGAGGUUAUCGUUAAAACCUUGGGGGAAUAUACAGGACUUACGAAUAAUAUCAUGGGAGAGGUGGCCGGACCAUUAGAUGGUAUGUACUCGGACCUACACCACUUUCGGAUCAGUUCUCCUUUAGCCGUUUAGGAAGUUAAAAUGUAUGACUAAAACAUACAAAUACAGAAGCAAAACCGGGAAAACCAAAAAAGCUAUUCCAUAAGACUUCCAAAUUUUCAUGUUUUUUUUUUAAUUCAAAACAUUAUAUAUAUUCGGGUCCCGAUCUUGAUUCAUGAUCCCAUUAAUUUUCUUAAUUUGGAUCUUUGCACCUUUUACAAGGAUGUAGAGACCCCUUUCAGAAUUUUACACAUCUCCUGGGACAACCGCAAGAGAAAGAAAGGAAAGAGAGUUCCUAUGAUUGGAUUAUCAGCCGUAAUGAAGUUCAAGUGACUAAUAAGCGCCUUGGGUCUGGAGGUUGGGGAACGGUUUAUAAGGGCAGAUACUGUGGUUGUGAUGUUGCCGUGAAACAAAUCCACGAAGACUUUGCAUCAGCUCAUAGUCUUAAAAUGUUUCAGCGUGAAAUUGACAUGGCUUCAAAAUGCCGCCAUCCAUGUUUGCUACAAUUUAUUGGAGCAACUAUUGACGAGGGAUUUCCUCUCCUGGUGACAGAGCUAAUGGAAACAAGUCUACGGCGACUUUUGGGGGAAAGACCUCUUUCCACUGGAGAAGUCUCCAUAAUUUCGCUGGAUGUGGCUCGGGCACUGAAUUAUCUUCACCAAAAACGACCUGUACCGAUGAUUCAUCGCGACAUCAGCAGUGCUAAUGUGUUGUUGUGGCGAAAGGCCGAACGAGAGACAGGCAUUCACGAGGCGCAAUGGAGAGGAAAGGUUUCCGAUUAUGGCACUGCCAAAUUUGUAGAACAAGUCAUGACUCAAAUUCCAGGAUGUUUGGCGUACAGUGCACCUGAGGCACGUACAACGACCCAAACAGCGAAGGUAUCAUUACUAGUGGUUUGUGGGCAAUGUACACUCUAUUUUGGCCAGAAAAGCAGAAUGAGUUAAACGAUCCAUUUAAUUAAUAAGCACCCGCUAUUUUUUUGUCAGCAGUGACCAAAUUAUAGUGAACAGUAUGAGAGCAUGGAUAAUAUAAAAGCAGGGUUUUCUUAGGUAUACAAAAGAACGAGGGUUGAUCCAGUAGUUUAUGAUAACUGCAUUUUAUUUUUUGAAUUGUGUACUUUAAGCAUAUCCUGUUUUUUUUGUAGCAAGUCUAUCUGUUCAAAAGGAGAGAGAACACAUGUGGAUGAAACAGUGUUUUUCUGUUCUGCUUAUAGUCAAUGGUUCUAGAAAAUUAUCUUAUAUUAGGUAGCUCGCUAUACUCGACUUGAAGUGACUUUAAUCUUUACCUAGUCAUGUUGUUGAAUAAUUUCUAGAUUGAUGUCUACAGCUUUGGUAUUCUACUGUGUGAAAUGUGCAUUCGAGAAGUUCCAGAACCUGACAGGCGUGAUGAGCAAGUCGACAAGAUGUCAAACCAAGCGCUGCAAGAGUUCGUGCGCCAGUGUUUGCAAACGAACCCAGAUGAUAGACCAGAUAUGACAGAAAUCAUUCACAAACUUGAGCAGUUCCAGUGAGUGCUUAAGGAGUCUUGUCAUAUUGUUAAAGAGGGAAUGUAAGUUUUAACACCAAAAAUUUUCUCAAACAGCUAGCACAAUCACACACGUUUCAGUACGUUUCUAUGUCAGGGAGAGAAAUUGGAAUCAGUCAAUCAAACAUAUCAUUCUCUUCCUGGCGCGUGAUACGUUUAUAUGAUUUUGUUUCCUUUUUUUGGUUUUCUUAUGUUUUUGGUGUUUUUCCUCAAGUUACAAUACUUAUACAAUACUUAUGGCACUCAAUUUCUUAACGGAAUCGAGUCUAUAUGUGGUUUAUUUACGGUUCACGGAAAAAAAAAACGCGGGCCCCUUGAUUAGACGUAUCGUUUUCUGCACUCGUGAAAUAUGCUAAGUGCACCAUUUGAUUGUCUUUUGGCGGAACUGCUUGUUUAAAAAAAACCCAAGUUUCGCACCUUUUCAAAGGGUAGAUGUCAGUUUUUAUGUUAUCACUAGGCUUUCCCUUCAGUCCUAAUUAUAACUUUCCGAUAUAUAUUUGUCUAAGUCUUUUUUUCUCUCAAUCUGUGUGUUAUAUGCAUUCAUUAUUUGCCUUGGUAUCAAAGGCGUAAUCCCGAAGUCGAAAGGGUAAAUUAGUGCUGAAAAUUAAUGCACUAGAAUCAUUAUGACACUUAAAUAAACGUCCAUUUACUCCGUAGGCUGUGACGUUUCAUCCAGAAUUGUCUCCAAGCAAGGCCUGAGACGAGAUCAAGUAUAGAAGAGAUCAUUUUCCAAUGAGAACAACUAUAGUAAGAUUGUAGAUUUAAGCUUUGUUAGCGUAAGGUAAAUAUAGUUUCUCGGUAAUAUUCUAGCAUUCUUUACCAAAAAUUGUAGAUAACGUGGAAACUCAUCUUAAAAUUCACGGUCAUAACUCUACAUAAUAUAGCACAGGUAAUAAAAAACAUUAUGAGAUCAACGAGAAAUUGUAGCGAGUUGAAACUUCAAUUUUUGAUUGGCUAUUGUCAAGUGUUCCAAGUGGUAUUGACGACAAUAUAAUUUCCUCAGUGAGGGGGAUUUACGAUGAGUAAGCGACAGUCUUCUGUCAUUACCUUUUCGCUGGCUGGAUAAGCUCCAUCUACUUAAAAGUACUCAACCUUAGGCCUCUCUGCAGAUAUAAUGCUCCCACCUGAUUGAGUGUCCAUUUUAAGUCUUUCUGUGAGAACCUAAGGCGCCCUCGCUCAGAAAGUUGUUGCAGAUACCUUUAAAAUUACAAAAAAAUUAAUGCUCAUAAAACGCCCACGUUCCGGAACCCGCCUAGAAUUUUCCUAGAAAGAUAUUCCAUGGAAAAUUGCAUGCUACCUUUAAAUUAAGGCAGUUUUUCUGUGCAUCACGACAACAGCAACACUCAGUUUAGGGGCCUGGUUACAUGGUGCGACCUGGCUCGGUUUUGCUGAGAUCUCGUCACUUUAACAUAACAAUAAUUAACUUCGUGAUUACAUGACAACCGAGGCAGCCCGGUUAGCGAAAGUGCCGAGAUCUCGGCAAAAACCGAGCCAUCCCGUUUAGGGUGUCCAAUUUUCGUAAGUUACUUAGAAGUAACAACAAUACAUUCUGCUUGAUGUGGGCAUUUAAAAUAAAUGCAGUAUUUUCGUCGUUUUUAAGUGGAUUCUACUGAUAAAUGGUGCCGAGCCAUAGCGUUUGAAAAAAGUCCAGGGGUCAUUUAUGUUUUCACCUUAUGCUGUAAUUUUGUAACGUAAAUUUUUCUGAAAAGCAUCGCGAAUUAUUCCCUUUUAAAUAUCAAAACCUCAGGUUUCAGUGAUAUAAAGUUGUGUGUAAUAAAAUGCAAAGUUUUUGCACGAGCAAAAAGGCUCAAAGUUUACAUUAAAAUUGUAUCACUUAGCACUCACUUUGAAGCCGUUAAAUCACAAAUUCCUUAGCUAUUAGUAGCUCUACUCAAUAAGAAAUCUGUAUAGGCUUAAAAGCCCUUCUGAGACAAACAACCUUUUUAGAUGACUGCCUUAUUAGAGAGGAGUCAAGCCUAUAAAAAGACGAGGUAACACAAAAGCAAGAGCCAAAGGCAUAUAUGUGGCAGAAGCUAUAGUCCAGGAAAUGGAUAAUAAAAUUUUUUUUCUUAAAAGGUC